AUGAGCUGCAUGAGCAACUUCCAGAGGGUCCUGUACGCCUCGCGCUUCAUGCGGGUGUUCGGGAAAUUCAAGCGGGCGCAGCUGAGAGAAAAGCCGCAUAGGAAAAUAGGCCCCUUCAGUAACCCAGUGAAAAGAUUAGCCAGACUAAAGGAGAAGGAGAGGCUCUUCUGCGACUUGGGCACGCCCCGUAUGAUUCCAAGAGCAAAAGGAAGUGGAAGGGAAAAAAUCCUGGAAGUAAUCAAAGCACCCAACGUAAGAAAAGAAGUCCUAGACAGAAGACUGGAAUUUUUAUUAUCUAAUGAAAGUGUAUAUCAGCAAAUGUAUAACAAAAUGUACAAUGGGAUUACUCCCUAUCAGUGUGAGUUAUUUAUGUGGGAAAGACAAAUGAGAGAUUUGAGGAAGAUAUAUAGGGCACAGUAUUUGCAUAAAUUAAGUGAAGUCACGAGGGAAGAACGAGAGAAACAAAUAAAGCUGAUUUUGCAGACGAGGGAAGAUAAACGAAGACGUAGAGAAUUAAUAAGGGAAAGGAUACUGGAAGAUAAAAAAAGGAAGGCUAUCUUGAAGGACCGUUUAUCUUUGGAAAAAAAAGUUACACAAUCUAUCCUAUUUAAAAGGCAGUCUAAUAGAAAAAUGAAUAAUAUUUAUUGGCUAGCGAAACUGCAAAGGAAGAGUGAGUAUUCUGAUGCGGACGAUUUUAAGGACAAAAUAGAGAGAAGCGGUGCAGGAGACACAGGAAGGGGAAGUACUGGACGAGGAGAAUACAAUGAU